AUGAACUGGAGGUUUAUUGAGGUCAUCUGCUUCCUGUUUAUAUGGGACCAUAUAACAGUUCAGUCUUCCCGCCAGGACCCGUUGGCCACUGAACAACAUGUCACCAAGCAAUAUGACUGGCUCAUCUCUGACCGUGGACCUUUCCACCACUCUCGGAGUUAUCUGUCCUUUGUGGAAAGAUUCCGCCAAGGAUUUACGACCAGAUAUAAAAUUUAUAGGGAAUUUGCACGUUGGAAGGUGAGGAACACAGCAAUCGAGAGAAGGGACCUGAUCCGGAACCCCGUGCCACUCAUGCCUGAGUUCCAGCGGAGCGUACGCUUGCUGGGCCGCAGACCCACUACUCAACAGUUCAUCGACACCAUCAUCAAGAAAUAUGGAACCCACAUUCUCAUCUCAGCCACCCUUGGAGGAGAGGAGGCCCUGACUAUGUACCUGGCCAAAAACAAGCUGGACAGGAAGCUUGUCAACGCUACUCAAAACGUGGAAGCCCUUCAUCAGCUGGCCUCGUCCUACUUCAUUGACCGUGACGGCACGAUGAGGAAGCUGCAUGAGAUCCAAAUUUCCACCAAUGCCAUCAAGGUGACGGAGACACGGACGGGGCCGCUGGGAUGCAGUAGCUAUGACAAUCUGGACUCAGUCAGCUCAAUCCUUCUGCAGAGCCCCGAGAGCAAGCUUCAUCUGCAAGGUCUUCAGGUUAUUUUCCCAGAUUACCUGCAGGAGAAAUUUGUCCAGUCAGCUCUGAGCUACAUCAUGUGCAAUGGAGAGGGGGAGUACGUGUGCAGUAACAACCAGUGCAUCUGUCAGUGUGACGACGAGUAUCCCCAAUGCAACUGUCCCAUCACCGACAUCCAGAUCAUGGAGAACACCCUGCUGGGGAUGUCUGAGUCCUGGGUAUCCUCUUAUAAAGACUUUGAGAACUCUGAUGAGUUCAAGUCCUUCCUGAAGAGGCUGCCCUCCACUCACUUCCUCCCCAUCAGCAGUGUGCAUCUCCUGUGGGGCAGCGACUGGGACCUUCAGGCCCGCUACAGGCUCCUUCAGAGUUCCCUGGAGAUCCAGCGUCUAAAGAUCCAGCGCACCGCCCGCAAGCUCUUUGGCCUCAGCAUCCGUUGUCACCACAACCCCAACCACCAGAUGCCUAGGGAGAGAUCUGUGAUGCAGUGGCUCAACAGAGUUCAGUCCUUCCUCUACUGCAAUGAGAACGGGUUCUGGGGGACCUUCCUGGAGAGCCAAAGGACAUGUGUGUGCCACACAGGGGUCACCCUGUGCCAGCGACCCAUCCCGUGUGUCAUCGGGGGCAACAACAGCUGUGCCAUGUGCAGCCUGGCCAACAUCUCACAAUGUGGCUCCUGCAACAAGGGCUACAAGUUGUACCGUGGUCGCUGUGAGCCCCAGAAUGUGGAUUCAGAACGUAGUGAGCAGUUCAUCAGCUUUGAAACUGAUCUGGACUUUCAGGACCUGGAACUGAAAUACCUGUUACAGAAAAUGGAUUCACGACUGUACAUUCACACCACUUUCAUCAGUAAUGAGAUCCGACUAGAGACCUUCUUUGACCCUCGAUGGCGUAAGCGCAUGUCCCUGACUCUCAAGAGUAACAAAAACCGGAUGGACUACCUCCACAUGAUAAUCGGCCUGUCGAUGAAGAUCUGCCAGAUGCGAAAUAGCAGCAUUGACCCCAUGUUCUUUGUUUAUGUCAACCCGUUCAGUGGUAGUCACUCAGAAGGCUGGAGCAUGCCCUUUGGAGAACACGGCUACCCACGCUGGGAAAAAGUACGACUGCAGAACUCCCAGUGCUUCAACUGGACUCUCCUACUGGGCAACAGGUGGAAGACCUUCUUUGAGACGGUGCACAUCUACCUGCGUAGCCGUGCUAAGAUCCCAACUGGCCUACGCAAUGACACAGGACAGGGUCCAGUGGACCUGGGAGACCCUAACAAGCGGCAGAUCUACAUAAAAAUAUCUGAUAUCCAAGUGUUUGGCUACAGCCUGCGCUUCAAUGCCGACCUGCUCCGCAGUGCUGUGCAGCAGGUUAACCAGUCGUACACACAAGGAACUCAGUUCUACUCAUCCUCAUCUGUUAUGCUCCUGUUACUGGACAUUCGGGAUCGAAUUAACCGCCUUGCCCCUCCGUCUGCACCUGGCAAACCCCAGCUGGACCUCUUCUCUUGUAUGCUGAAGCAUAGGCUCAAGCUCAACAACAGUGAGAUGAUUCGAGUAAAUCAUGCCUUGGACAUGUACAGCACAGAGAUUCUAAAACAAUCAGAUCACCUGACUGCUAAACUCUGUUGAACAUAAUAACAUUAACACAAGGACAGCAAACUGAAACACCCAACAAAUGAACUAUGAGGGGAAAUUAAUCUUAAUUUUUCUUUCUCUUUUUCAUUUUUGGACCUUUUCUGCCUUUUGAUGUAAUAUUAACUUUGUAAGCAUAAUUCUUAAAGAUAUAAAAGGAAAAAGGCAUUGAUGAAAAGCAUUUCAGAUAAGCUAACGAAGAUCAAUGGAACCACUAUAAAGACUGUAUCAUAUUUGUCCCAGCAUGUCUGUCAUUCCCUAAAAGAACUUAAAAGAGAGAGAAAAAAAAAGAAAUAUUAAAUAUAUGUACUGGUGAAAAAGAGGCCUUGAUUUUACUCUGAGGGAUCAAAGGUUGUAUCUGAAACUGCCAUUGUUUACUGAGAAAAACAUUUUUAAAGGAAUAAUGAUAUAACACAAGGGCAGACCAGAUAUCCUUUUAUUUCAGCUAACGUUCAAAAUAUUUCAGACAUAAUGGACAGUUUAAUAUUAAAAGAAAUGUUUAUACAUUGUAAGGAUUAAAUAGCCCUAGUGAGUAAGUAGUCAACACAUUACUUAUAGACUCUUUAUUACAUUUCAAACCCACAGCGAAUCUGCAUUGCUCUUUGUGAGUUAUGAGGCACUCUGUCAUAGUUCUGACACAUAAGGCACACAGCAGGGCAGUAAUGGAUAGUCAUGUCAAAUAACAAAAGCCAGCUGUUUAUAUAUAUACAUAUAUAUGUGGGUGAAUGUAUGUGUGCGUGCGCGUGUGCAAAUGUGCGUGUACAUUUUUUUGGCUUGAUGCUUAUUGCUGUUCGUUAAUUGAAUGUGUCAUUUGAGAUUGACUCCAGUCUAAGCAAAAUCUUGCAUUUGGAGCGCUUCUUCCCGUGUUUGAAAUUCAAGCUGUGUUUUUCACAAGGCAGUACCUCCUGGUGCGUGAGUGCAAUAUUGUGGUCUGAAGAUUUAACAAUCAAUGCUAUUUUGUACAGCUUUGCAAAAUGUACAUGUUGUGACUGCAAAUUUGUGGAGCUUUUCAGCACCAAGAGCAAAAUGUAAACAUUCUUCAUUCAGGCAUUUUUGCAAGACAACCUAAAGCCAUACACUUCCCUGAGGUAGACAUAAAGUAAGACAUAAAGUUCAUCCCUGUUUCGCAAAAAGUACGUACAUGAAAAAAAAAUUAAAAAAAUGUUGCAUUUUUAUGGUUUUAUUUUUUUCUCUCAGUCUUUAGAUAAGAGCACAGCAAAAAGGGAGAUGAGAAGAGAAGGCAUCA